GGCAUUUGGGUGUUUAAUUCUCAAAACGAAAAAAAUAUUGAAAAAAAUUAAACAGCCUUCAAAAGUCGUCAGUGAAUAAAAACCACAAAAAAAAAUAGUAAACAACAAAAAGUAAACAAAUCGAAAAACCUUGCAUUAGUUUAGUCGUGCCAGCUAGCUACCUGUGGAGAGUUACAGUUCGCAGCGACAAAACGAAUUCCAAACAGCGACUUGAAAACAAAAAAAAAACGUUGGCGCUGCGUUUCAAACCCCCGUUGGCGUCGGCAGAGCUUCGCUGUUGGCUUUUUUCCUCCCAAUUUUUGUUUUAUUAAACUCAACUUGCGAAGUUAAUUUCAGCAACUGAAUUCAAUACCGUUUUGUUACGUUUUCGAGUUGGUCGUGUUUUUUUCCUCAACUCUAGAAACUCAGGCGCUUUGAAAGAAAAGAAAAAAAAACACAAAAAAAAUAUAUAUUUCUGUUCCGCGUUUCAUCAAAUCAAAAUAUAAAACCAAUUAAUUAAGUGAAAAAUACACAAGUGUAAACAACAAUAAAUUGAUUUAAAAUUUCUAAGAAAAAAACCCAGAAGUUGUGAAAAAAAAAAUUAAAAAAAAAUCUAAUCUUUUUCUUAAAUACAAUAUUGAAAAUUGUUAUUAUUCUUAACGGAAAUGUAAAUCAUUCGCCCCCAAUUUCGUUUAAAAAAUCAAAAAAAAAAUUGAAAAAUAAAAAUAUUAUUUUAUUGCAUAAACCAGUUGAAUAAAAAAUCAAGAGAAAAAACAAAUUGAAAAAUUACGGAUUAAUUUCCCCCCUCUUUUGUUCUCAAAAAAACUCCACCUCCAUUUGAGAGUACAAAAAUUGUUGUGAUCUUUAACAAAAAAGAAAAUAGUCAUAAAUAUUUUAAUAAUUUAAUAACUAAGUCAAAAUAACAAAAUAAAACAAAAAAACAAGCUAACCAACUCUCUAACAAAACCAAGGAUUCAUCAGAAAUCAGGAAAAAAAUUUACUAUUUAAAAAGAAAAAUAAAUAACUGUUGUUGAUUAAUUAAUAAGAAUAUCUCAUCUAUAUAACAUAUUGUUGUAAAUAUAUAUAUAUAUAUAAAUAAUAUUAACAAAAAAAAAACGGAAAACCUUUAACUCCCACCGCACAAAAAACAACAAAAGUAACAACAAAACAAAAAACACAAAAUGACUGGUUUUACCAACGCUGGAUUUGAAAACGAUGAACCUGUGAAGCCAAAACCAGGUUUCGAACCGGACACAGCCUCAUUGAGAGAGAAAGUUAUAUUGAAUCCUGGUGAAAAAUGGCGUAUAUUGAAAAAUAUUGGCAUUAUAUCGUUUGCCUUUAUGGUGCAAUUUACAGCGUUUCAGGGUACAGCUAACUUACAGUCAUCGAUAAAUGCCACCGAUGGCCUCGGCACUAUAUCGCUGAGUUCCAUUUAUGCAGCCCUCGUUGUGUCCUGUAUAUUCCUGCCCACACUAAUUAUUCGUAAGCUAACCGUAAAAUGGACAUUGGUCUUCAGUAUGUUGUGCUAUGCCCCCUACAUUGCCUUCCAGUUGUUCCCAAGAUUUUACACAUUGGUUCCUGCUGGUAUUCUAGUCGGUUUGGGUGCCGCUCCCAUGUGGGCAUCCAAGGCCACCUAUUUAACACAAGUCGGUCAGGUAUAUGCGAAAAUAACUGAACAGGCGGUUGAUGCUAUUAUUGUAAGAUUCUUUGGCUUCUUCUUUUUGGCCUGGCAAACAGCUGAAUUGUGGGGCAAUCUCAUUUCAAGUCUUGUGCUCUCUAGCGGCGGUCAUGGUGGCGGCAGUGGCAACGAUAACAGCACCAUUUCGGAAGAAGACCUACAAUACUGCGGCGCCAACUUUUGCGUUCAUGGCAGCAAUGGACAUUCCAACUUGGAACGUCCACCAGACCAUGAAAUCUUCGAAAUUAGCAUGAUCUAUUUGUCAUGUAUUGUUGCCGCCGUGGCUAUUAUAGCCUUCUUCCUGGAUCCUCUCAAGCGUUACGGUGAGAAACGCAAAGGUUCCCAAUCGGCCCAGGAAUUGUCGGGCAUGGAAUUGUUGUCGGCCACCUUCCGUCAGAUGAAGAAACCCAACCAACAGUUGUUGAUCCCCAUCACCGUUUUCAUUGGCAUGGAACAGGCGUUCAUUGGUGCCGAUUUCACUCAGGCCUAUGUGUCAUGUGCCUUGGGUAUCCAUCAGAUUGGUUUCGUUAUGAUCUGCUUCGGUGUGGUGAAUGCCAUUUGUUCGAUUCUCUUCGGUUCGGUGAUGAAGUAUAUCGGCCGUACACCCAUCAUCAUUUUGGGUGCUGUUGUCCACUUUACCCUGAUCACAAUUGAAUUGUUCUGGCGUCCCAGCCCCGACAACCCCUUGAUCUUCUAUGCCAUGUCUGGCCUGUGGGGUGUUGGUGAUGCUGUGUGGCAGACCCAAAUCAAUGGUCUCUAUGGUCUGUUGUUCAGACGUAACAAGGAAGCUGCCUUCUCCAAUUAUCGUCUCUGGGAAUCGGCUGGUUUUGUGAUUGCCUAUGCUUAUGCGACCACACUGUGUGCCCGCAUGAAGUUGUACAUCCUGUUGGCUGUCCUGACAUUGGGAUGCAUCGGUUAUAUUAUCGUUGAAAUCUUGUACAGAAGAAAGCAACGCAAGAUCAAGAAACAAGAAAAGGCUGAGGCCGCCGAAAAGGAGAAGGAAGCUGCUGCCGCCAAGGCCAUUGCCGAAUCAAAUAUCAAUGGCACACCCGAAGUCGAGGAGACCGACGAUGAAUUGGAUGAUCUCGAAGAAGAUAUUGUAGUAACACAUUUCUAAGUUAUUUUUUUUUUUCAUUUUCUGUUCUGUUCUGUUGUUGAAUGAAUGUAUGAAACUAGAAAGCUUUCAAACUCUGGCCGUUAACAAAACGAAAAAAUUCAAAAACAAACACAAACAUCUACACAAACAAACUAUUUACUUUUACAUACAAUGUAAUAGCAAAAAAAUAUCAAACUUAGUUGAAGAAAAGCUGUUUAAAGCUUUAAAGCUCAAACAAAUAAUAAUAUUCAUUUUUUUUGUGAGGCAAGCUUUUAAAGUUUGUUAUUUUCAAAAAAAUAUAUAUACACACAAAAAGCAAUAAAUUAAUUUUUUUUUAUUAUAAAAAUAUUUAAAAAAUAUAUGAAAUUGUUAAAUUUUAAAUAUUUUUAUAAUGAAAAAAUAAUUAAAUCAAGACGUACUGUAACAAUUGUACGCAGUUGAGGGGGAAACAAGUUUCACCGAAUACAAAUGUAAAUAAUGAAUAUUGAAACUUUUCCCCCCUGGGAUUCGGUUUUGAAAAAGUUAAUCCCAAAAAUCAAAUGAAAAAAAAAAACUAAACGAACAUUCCUUUCCUUAUUAAUGAAGAUUAAAAAAAAUUAUAGAAAAAAUACCACUAACCCUGUUAAGAAAACAAAAAGACACAGAAAAUCAUAUUAAAAAAACAAAAACAAGACACGAAAAUAUGAUUUUCUGCAAAAAAAAAAAAAAAAACAAAUACCAA